UGCUUCAAAUGCUCAGCCCCCUGCGCCACUUCGGGGCGGUUCUUCAACUAUGAGGUAAUCGUGGUAAACAUAAAACAUGGCGUCGCCUGUGGCCGGAGAACAAAAUCCAGUGUCAAGCGAAGUUAUUAUCGAGAGAGACAAGAAAAAACUGACAGAUUUACCUGCUGAAUUGUUAGAAUAUAUUUUGUGCUUCCCCGUCCUCAACCACGUCGACAUUUUGAGCGUGUCCUGCACCUGCAAGCGGCUACAUGAUGUGUGCUAUGGCAGGGGGAAGGUUUGGGGGCAUCAAUUCAAACUCAGAUGGCCAAGGCUGCAGAAGAAUUAUCGUCAGAAUGAAUCGUAUGACUGGCUGAAGGAAUACAGGACAAGAUAUAUCGUUGGUCUACAGAUACGGAGAACCGUUGUAUCAAUAUCAAAGCGAUUCUUCACAGAAGUUCCUUGCGUUGGUCAGGUUCUGGGGGACAGUUUUGCAGAGAUCGAGUCCUUGGGUGCCCCAGAGCACUUCUGUGAAGAUGAGCUCCUCUCAAUACUUAACUCUGAUAAAAGGAAGAGCCUGACCUUGAAGUAUUAUGCAAAGAAAAUUCUGUACUUCCUCCGACAGCAGAAUAUUCUCAGGAGCCUCAAAGUGUUUUUGGAGCAGCCUGCAGAACAGCAAUCCGCUCUUGAAGGUGCGGUGUUAGUGGACCAGUAUUGCAACCCUUUGGCAGACAUCAAUCUAGAAAACAUUUCGGCCCAGCUGGAAGAGCUCACAGACAAAGUCAGAAAGUGCCUGCGAGUGGCCAAUCCCUCCCAUCCAAGCCAGAGGGCCGCAGCAGGUGACUGUUUGGUGGUGGGGGACUUUGAGCUCCAGAGGCAGGUGAUCUGUGCGCUCAACACUGUUCUGUAUGAGCAGCUGAAUUACACAGGCAACGAGUGUGACUUCUACAACCCACUGAAUUCAUACAUCCACCAGGUGCUACUUCGCCGGACUGGUAUUCCCAUAAGCCUGUCAGUUCUGUACAUGACUCUUGCCCGCAAGCUGGGCGUGCUGCUGGAACCUGUCAACUUCCCCAACCACUUUCUCUUGCGAUGGUGUCAAAAGCAAAAAAGGAGUGGGGACAUCUAUGAUUAUGUCUACAUUGACACUUUUGGGAAGGGCAAGCAACUCACCGCAAAAGAGUGUGAGUACCUCAUUGGACACCAGGUGACCGCUGAUUACUACAGUGCCAUAAGUACCUCCAAAGUAUUACUGAGGAUGGUGGGGAACCUGCUGAACAUUGGGAAGAGAGGAGAGGGGAAUGAAAAGUCCUACCAGCUCCUGAGAGACUCUCUGGACCUUUACCUCACCAUCAACCCAGACAAUGUCCAGUAUUUACUACUACAAGCCAGGCUGUAUUUCCAUCUUGGAAUCUGGCCAGAGAAGGUCUUAGACAUCCUCCAGCACAUCCAGGCCCUGGAUCCGUCCCAACAUGGAGCAGUGGGCUACUUGGUGCAACACACACUGGAGCAUAUCCAGCACAAGAAGCACCCAGUGCUGCCAGAAGCCAAGCUGCGCAGCGCCACCGAACACAGGGACGUGCAGUACUCCGUGGGCCUCAUCAUGAAACACAAACGCUCGGGAUACAACUGUGUCAUCUAUGGAUGGGACCCCAGAUGCACCAUGAGCCAGGAGUGGAUCACUACCAUGAGGGUCCAUCAGCUGUCCAAUGGGGCCAACCAACCCUUCUACAAUGUCCUAGUGCAGGACGGCACGUGUCGCUACGCCGCACAAGAAAACCUAGAGCCUCACUCUGCCCCUCUGGAAAUCGCACAUCCCGAGGUGGGGCGCUACUUCUCGGAGUUCUCCGACACCCACUAUGUUGCCAACGAGGAGCUGCAGGCCCGCUAUCCUGAGGACAUGGCUGAGACUCUGGGGACUGUCGGGGAGCUCUACCACAGACUGACCCCCGUUUUGGGGAAUGAGGGCCUCCUGCCCACGGUCCGGCACAAUGCCGGCGCCACUGCCCCGUGAUUUUGCACUUUUCCAGCCCAGUCACCUUUAGAAUGCUUUACUCACCACCAGGCUCAAAAGCUCCAAAGAAAUUUGUCAGAGCCAACGCCGACUUCACAGACCCACCACCCUACUCCAGUAAACAAGUCAUUCCCUGCUUUGUAUCUUGACCACCCCCACACCACACAAACAAGUGUUAUGAAAGCCAUUGCCUCUCUCUCUCUCUCUCUCUCUUUCUCUCUUUCUCUCUCUGACCAUAAUGUUAAUGCACUGAUGAUGGAGAAAAAAGACUUGCCCUUUCAAGAAAAGGAUUUUUUGUAAUGUAUAUUUACAUGUAUGUACAGGAUUUAAGGGCUCAGGAAAGUGAAUUUACCUGGUCACUGUUGAGAUGAUUCUACAUGAUGGAAUAAAUGAGCACGAGCGCUUGGGAUAAAUAAAUGUUAUGUUCUAUUUAUGUUGUAGUAGUAGUAGUAUCACUAGUAGGAUCACAUGGGAUCAGAGUUGGAUAUGCACUUUCUUUGACAUGCAUUCAAAGAAAGGUAUGCAACAACACACACUGCAAAUCACCAAGGAAAUGUGUGCUAAACAAUAGUUAAACUAUUUUAACUAAUGAUUUGAAACAAUAUUUAAAGUACUGGCCACAAUGUGACUCUCCUAUAAAAAAGAAAGACAACAGAAAACAAAACAAAAGAUUUUCACCUAGAGCAGAAGGUAGUGACUUCAUUACAGUUUGUCCUACAGACCACUGAAUUCUGUUUACAUGGACUAUUGUCUGAAUAAAAAAUAUUUUCAAGAAAA